UGAACUGUUACAUCAAAACAUUAGAGUAGUUUAGAGUAAAAAUAUUUUCAACAGGGGCGUAUAAAGUGUGAGCGAAGGAACGGGGUCAACCGUAGUGUGUUGUGAGGGGGCGUGUUCUUAAUAAUCCUUGUUAUCUAGGCAGCCACAAGUGAGCGAAGCAGCAUGGCCAUAAUAACAGAGCUGACCGUGAAGGAUGUUCGCUUUCCAACUUCAUUGGAGGCGCAUGGUUCGGAUGCCAUGCAUGCAGACCCAGACUACUCAUGUGCCUAUGUUAUAUUCAAAACAGACUCCAAACUUGAAGGGCAUGGAUUGACAUUUUCUCUUGGGAGAGGCAAUGACUUGGUGUGUAAUUCCAUAAAAUAUAUGGGCAGAAUGGUAGUUGGGAAGAAGGUGUCAGACAUAUUUGACAAUUUUGGUGUCUUUUGGGAGAAGCUGGUGAAUGACACACAAUUCCGAUGGCUUGGCCCAGAGAAGGGUGUGGUUCAUCUGGCGACGGCAGGGAUUGUUAAUGCAUUAUGGGAUAUGUGGGCCAAGAUGGAGGGAAAGCCAUUGUGGAAACUUUUAGUUGAUAUGGAACCAGAAAAGUUAGUGUCCACAAUGGACUUCAGAUAUCUGUCAGAUGCUCUCACACCAGAGGAAGCAUUAGCAAUACUGAAGAAAAAUCAGUCUACCAAAGCAGAAAGAGAGAAGGAGUUGUUAUCAAAGGGAUACCCUGCAUAUACCACCUCUGCUGGCUGGUUGGGUUACAGUGAAGAGAGGAUAAAAAAG